GCCGCAAGUGAUCAUCGGCAUCAGCAGGAGCGAUAUGCUGGCCAGCAUGGAGCGCGACGGCAUAGAUCCCGAGAUACUGGACAUCGGCACCAACCUUUUCCUCUACUUCGUGUACGACUACCUCCCGGACCCUCCCGUCUCCCCCAACGCCGCUCUCUCGCUCCCCGACGCGUCCUGGAUGAUGCCCGACGGCGUCGACCGCAUCAGCUGCCUCCCCGACGUGGUCCUCCGCAACAUCGUCUCCCGCCUCCCCGCCAAGGACGCCGCGCGCACCGCCGCUCUCGCCUCGCGCUGGCGCCCUCUCUGGCGCUCUGUGCCCCUCACCCUCGUCGACAGCCACCUCCUUCCGGACUGCGGCGUGCGCGGGCCACUCGUCAUCGGCGGCCCCUCCCCACGCGCCGUCACCGCCGCGGUGUCCCGCAUCCUCGCGCAGCACCCGGGGCCCUUCCGCUGCGUCCACCUCACCUGCAGCACCAUGGACGAGCACCGGGGAGAGAUGGCGCGCUGGCUCGACAUCCUCGCCGCCAAGGGAGUCCAAGAACUCAUCUUUGUCAACCGCCCGUGGCCGAUCGACCUGCGCCUCCCCACCACGCUUUUCAGCUGCGCUUCUCUCACCCGCCUCUACCUCGGCGUCUGGAGGCUCCCGGACACCGCCGCUGUGCCACGCCGCGCGGCCUUCCCCAACCUUCGGGAGCUCGGCCUCUGCUUCAAUGUCAUGGAGGACCGUGACCUCGCGUUCAUGCUCGAAAGAAGCCCCGCCUUGGAGCUCCUCACCAUCACGGGAAGCCAGACCGGAGUGCGCCUUCGCCUCGUCAGCCACAGCCUGCGGUGCGUUCAGCUGGGGCAUACCUACUUGGAGGACAUCGACGUGGUGGAUGCUCCUCGCCUGGAGAGGCUCUUUCAGUCGACGACUUGUGGCGCCCCGACUUUGAGGUCCUCCAGGAUCAAGAUUGGUAAAGCACCGAAUCUGCGGGUGCUGGGACACCUUCAGCCAGGAGAGCAGGAGCUGGAGAUUAGCAGCACCGUCGCCGUGGCUGGUACCAAGGUGAAAAUUGUCCCCAGUGUCCAGAUCUUGGCCAUGGAGGUCCAAUUCGGAGUCCGCGAUGCUGUCAAGAAGGUGCCUGGCUUCCUCAGAUGUUUUCCCAACUUGCACACGCUCCAUGUCGAGUCUCGGAAAGAUGAUGAGCCCACUGGCAAGGUCAAUCUCAAGUUCUGGCAGGAGGGUGUCCCCAUUAAAUGUGUCCUGGGCAUGAAGAAAAUGUUUUUCUAUGAGUUCCGUGGGUCGCGAAGCGAGGUUGCUUUCCUCAAGUUCAUCGCUGAGAGAGCUCGGGUGCUGGAGAAGAUGGUGGUUGUGGUGGCCAGUGAAUGUUUAUCUUCACGCGACGAUGUGAGUGCCAAACUGAAGCCUCUGACCAGUGCAAAAUGGAGCAGUGAAGCUUGUAAGCUUCAACUCUUCAAGAGCCCAUUCAAGGAUCCGGGUGCUCCAGUUUACAGCCACCAAGUAGCAUCUGAUUUUUCGUUUGCUGACCCUUUUGACCUCGUCUACUAUCAGGAGCUAGUCUCUGCAAGCAUUGAAGUUCAUUAGUAGCGCCGAGCCCCUAGCUGUCUUUUGGAAGACAACCUCUACCUAGAAUGUCAAUCUGCUGUCAGACUUGGAACAGCUAAAUAUCAGCAUUCUCUGGUGAGCUGUUGGCCGGAAUGUUUUGAGUGAUACUACGUCACAAGCUUUGUGCUAAUUAAGUGAAGUUUUGUGUGGCUGGGUACUGGUGGGAGUAACUGAAUUAGAUAAAUAUUUACCUAUGACGGAAUAUCUGCUGGAGUAAAUCUUUAACUUUUUUA